UGAAUGCAAUUACAUUGAGAAGCGGUAAGGAAAUUGGUGCUAAGACAGUGCAAUUCAAAGAUGAUGAAGAGGGUGAAGAACCGGUUGAUGAAGAGAUAGAAGUUGAGUCUCCUCCUUCUAAAACCACUCAAGACAUUCCCAAGGCCACUCAAGAGACCUCCAUUCAAUCCAAAGAGCCAAUAGAGAAAGGAUCAUCCUCCAAAGGUGAUGAGGUCAUCCAAGAAUGGCACUGAGUUGGGAAGUGGAGGACAUACACAUCAUGAUGAGCUUAUAUCUCCUUCCCCAAGCCAUAUGGACAUGCCACUUGCAUUGAAUGCACUUGACAUAAAAGAAUUAGUUCCUUCUGUUGUGCAACCUCCUGAUUUAGAACUGAAACCCCUCCCCUCUAAUUUGAAAUAUGUCUUUCUUGCUGCUGAUUCUAAAUUGCCUGUUAUUAUUUCCAGUUCUUUGAGUAGUUCUGAAGAAGAAAGACUUGAUUUCUAUCAUGCAGCGGUUCGAUACCUAUUUAAGAAGCCUCAGUCUAAACCUAGACUGCUGAGAUGGGCUUUGCUGCUACAGGAGUUUGAUAUCGAGAUUAGAGAUCGAGCCGGAGCGGAGAAUCAUGUAGCUGACCACCUUAGUCGGUUACCUGAAGGCACACAGGGAGUUGACUCUUCUGAUCUUGUUAUUGACUCAUUUCCUGAUUCUGCACUUUUGCCUUGGCUGUUCAUGAGCCUUGGUACUCUAAUAUAG